UUCUCAGUCUCUUACUCCACUUCAGAAACUAUUUCCUAAUUUCAUUUCUGGAACUUAGGGUUUUUAUUACUCCGUAACAAUUGUUGAUCAUGGGAGCUUCAGGUUCGGAAGGCUUCGGGAGCAUUUAUCCUACCCCGAUUGCAACAAUGUUUCCGGCAGUGGAUUCUUUUCCCAAGGGAAGGAAAAGGAUGAGAACCAGUGAAGUUCCGGUUAACAAAAUAUCUUCUUUAUGCUGGCGCGAGGAAUUUGAAGAGAGACUCCUAAAACGCUCUUCAGGAAUUUUGGACUAUUCUGAUCCCUAUUCUAUGUCCAAUUUAUGGGAAAGUUUGGAAUGUGGAAAGUAUGGGAGUGCGACAAAAGAAAUUGAGGAGCUUAUGGCUCAAAGCAGGCGUUACAUACAUUCAUGCUAUGCUAGGGAUCCUACACUUCCCUAUAAAUUUUUAGAGUUGGAAAAUAAUCACACCGCAGAGAAUAAGGGAGACCAAAUUGCUACUAGUGUAAUUGAUUUGGAGGAUGAGCGUGUUGUGAGAAGUGUUCCAGUUGCUCGCUUUGUUCCUCCUGCACAGCUUGUCCCUUCAGCCGGCCCUCUUGUUAUCCUUGAUUCAGAUGAUGAAGACAACAAAAAGCCCAAUUGUACAUUCCAGGGAAUCCCCACCAUUAAUACUGUCGGAGGCUCCUAUAUGAAAGAGCAUUUGGUGCAGGAUUCACCUGGAACCAAAUCACCUAGAGGAAGUGCAAAUCUUGCUUUGGAAACUGAAAAAAUUAAAGACAAAGGUGUGUAUGUUGGUGUGGAGGAUGAUUCAGAAACAGAAGAUGGAAAUGAUGCUAAUUUUGAUGGCUUGGAUGAUAUAUGGAAUGAGAUGUCAUUUGCUAUAGAAUGCUCGAAGGAUGUUACUGCGGAUGCUUCUUCUAACAAGGACAAAGCUGAAGAUGAAGAUGAAGAGUGUGAGCAUUCUUUCAUCUUGAAAGAAGAUAUUGGCUCUGUAUGUCGCAUUUGUGGAGUUAUAAACAAAAGCAUUGAAAACAUCAUCGACUACCAGUAUUCAAAGAGUGCAAAGAAUGCAAGAACAUAUCGAUACGAAGGUCGAACAACCAAGGAUUCAGGGCCAAGUGAAACUUCGUUUGAGCCCAACAAAUCGUCGCAUGAAUUUGAAAUAGCUGAAAUUUCUGCUCAUCCAAGGCACAAAAAGCAGAUGAAACCCCACCAAGUUGAGGGAUUCAAUUUUUUGCUAAACAACUUGGUGACGGAUAACCCAGGGGGUUGUAUAAUGGCCCAUGCUCCUGGAUCAGGGAAGACCUUUAUGAUCAUAAGCUUCCUUCAAAGUUUCAUGGCUAAGUAUCCAUUUGCUAGGCCUUUGGUUGUGCUACCAAGAGGAAUCCUGGCCACAUGGAAGAAAGAAUUUCUUAGGUGGCAAGUGGAAGAUAUUCCUCUUUAUGAUUUUUACUCUGUAAAAGCAGAUAAUCGAGCCCAACAAUUUGAAGUUCUAAAGCAAUGGGCUGGGGAAAGGAGUAUUCUGUUUCUAGGCUACAAACAGUUCUCAGUAAUAGUGUGUGACAAUGAAGCAAGUAGAGCUGCUGUUGCUUGCCAGGAGAUUUUGUUGACGGUUCCAUCAAUUCUCAUUUUGGAUGAGGGUCAUACCCCAAGGAACCAGGAUACUGAUGUUUUGACUUCAUUGGAAAAGGUGCAGACACCUCGUAAGGUUGUGCUGUCUGGCACUCUUUACCAAAAUCAUGUUAAAGAGGUGUUUAAUAUUUUGAACCUUGUUCGUCCAAAGUUUCUGAAGUUGGAAGAUUCUAAAGCAAUCAAGAGACGGAUAUUGAGCAGAGCAGCAAUUUCAAGCAAAAGGAACCUAAUAAAGAAAGGUUCAGAUAAUGAAUUCUUCGAGUUAGUGGAGCACACACUCCUGAAAGAUGAGAAUGUAACAAGGAAGGCUACAGUUAUACAAGAUCUGAGGGAGAUGACAAGGAAAGUUCUUCACUAUUACAAGGGAGACUUUCUGGAAGAACUUCCAGGACUCGUGGAUUUCACAGUCAUCCUAAAGCUUCAUCCGAAACAGAAAGUUGAAGUUGCUGGGUUAAAGAACCUGCGAAGAAAAUUCAAAAUAAGUGCUGAAGGAAGUGCAUUAUAUGUGCACCCCCAGUUGAAGAGUCUCUCAAAACACUCCGUUAAAGAAAGGAUUGAUGAAGAAAAAAUUGAUAUGAUUAUAGAUAAUUUGGAGGUACGAGAGGGAGUGAAAGCUAAGUUCUUUCUAAAUCUUCUGGCAUUGUGCGAAUCACACAAGGAAAAACUCCUUGUAUUUAGUCAGUACCUAUUGCCUUUGAAGUUCCUGGAGAGAUUGACCAUAAAGUUUAAGGGUUAUUGUAUUGGAAAGGAAAUUUUCAUGAUUACCGGAGAUUCGGAUAAUGAAGUGAGGGAAGCUUCAAUGGAGCGGUUCAACACAUCAGCAGAUGCACGUGUUUUCUUCGGUUCCAUCAAAGCCUGUGGUGAGGGAAUAUCACUUGUGGGGGCAUCCCGUAUUAUCAUAUUGGAUGUACACUUGAACCCUUCGGUAACUCGCCAAGCAAUAGGACGUGCAUUCCGGCCUGGUCAGGAGAAGAAAGUAUACACCUACAGAUUGGUGGCGUCUAGUACACCAGAAGAGGAAGACCAUACAACCUGUUUCAGAAAGGAAUCUAUAUCAAAGAUGUGGUUCGAGUGGAAUCAAUAUUUUGGUCUUGAGGAUUAUGAAAUGGAGAAGAUGGAUCCGAAACAAUGUGGUGAUGAAUUUCUGGAAACAUCAAGGUUUUCUGAUGACAUCAUUGCUCUUUACAAGAGGUAAAACCUAUUGGAGUUGAAAGUAGGGUUGGGGCGAUGUGUAUUAUAUGCACUCACUUUACUGAUCUUAGGUUGGUUGUAGUUUGAUUAUCUUAACAUUUGUGAUCUAUGUAGAAGACUGGAUCCUAGGUUCAUCAGUUCAUGUAUCUGGAUUUUAGUGAUCUUUUUUUUCUUGACCCCAAACUACCCUUGCUUCAAUUCUACUUUUCUUUAAUGCUGCUGUACUUUGAGAUUACCCAAAGUGAUUAGGUAUGCUAUAUCUAUGCAUUUAAGUAUGA